AGGCUUGGAACUUAAGUUGUGUUGGUGUGUGGUAAUAAAGAGAAUUUUUCUACACGGAAUAUAGAAUAAAUUUAAUACGUUUUUUUAACAAUAUUUCUACUCAAAAGUCUAUGAAACAUAUACGGGCAAUGUUGUUAUAACCGGGAGUGGUGUAAUAUUGUAAAAAAUUGGUGUUUUUCCAAAGAUGUAACAAAACUUCAAGCGAGUAUCAUCAUCAAAACCAAUGAAAAUAAAAUUACAUUGAAUCAACAACACCAACCAACAACAACAACAACGGCAACAGCAACACAACCAACUAUAGAAAAAUAUUAAUGCGACCCUUUUUAUACCUUAACGCUAUAAAACAAAUAAAACAAAUAAAAAUAGUUUUGAUUCGAAACCAAAAAAAGUGAAGAAAAGCAACGCGUAUUAUAUAGUGCAUUUUGAAGUUUUUUUUUUUGCUUACAAUCAAAAUCUGAAGAAAAUAAGGCUCCAACGGAACUGUUUCUGUCUUUUGCACAGCGGAAAUAUACAUCAAAGUCAACAAAAGAAUUGGUUAAAAGAAGAAAGUUAGACUGGUUUGGCUAAAUUCACACCAUCAGUGAUUGAAUUCCCUUGAAAAGAAAACCCAAUCUCAGCAAAAAAAACCAAAUCGUGUUUCAAUGGUUCUGUCAAAAUUCUACUUUUAGCAGCAACAGCAGAAGAAGAAGAACAAGCAAAGGAAACAACCAAGAAAACAAAACCUACAUUUAAAAUAAUAAAAAACGAACUCAUAGUGGCAUUUAUAUUAACCAUUUCCAUGUAAAAACCCUCUUCAAAUUACAAGAAGAAAACAAAAGGAAAUCUUCAAAGAUACCAAAAGAAAAAGGAGUGCAAAGGAGGAAGGUUGAGAACGAACGAACAAGUGAAGGGCUAGAAGAAAAACUACAAUCUAACAAAUACCACCAAAACAAACUUUAUGCAACAGCAGCUGUUGAAAAGUUAUCAGGACGUGGACGACUCUACUCACAAAGGAGAUUUGAGGAAGCAAUGCUGAUUUUAGUUCCAACAUAAUUGGUACAGUCGGCGGUAACAACUAUCAACCAAACAAAGAUAACACAAACAACAACAAGUGGAUUUGGAAACAACAACAAAUUUCAGCUGUAAAUUUGAAUUACUGGCGUUUCCUUUCGCCUCCCAUCCCUGUUAAUUCUCUGUCUUCUGCCUUCUUUUCCGGGGACUUGGCAAAUACACACCCCCCACACACUCACAUAAAACCCUUAGAAAAAAGAAACGAAGAAUAUCAUCUUGAUCAUUGGAAUUUUUGGGUAUCAUCCAGCGGUAUCUUUAGUCUUCUUGGAAUCUACAGAAACAUCCAUUUAUAUAUUUAAAAUACAUAGAUACACAUAUUAUAUAUUCGUAUAUAUAUAAGUAAUUAGUAUACACAUAAUUGUUCAACGUGUGGCGUUUAAGCAGCGUUAGCGGCUUAAAAACAUUUAGUUAGCAUGGAGUGCUGUUUAUCCGAAGAGGCAAAGGAACAGAAGCGUAUCAAUCAGGAAAUUGAACGGCAACUGCGUCGUGACAAAAGAGAUGCGCGAAGAGAAUUGAAAUUAUUGCUAUUAGGUACUGGUGAAUCCGGUAAAUCCACUUUUAUCAAACAGAUGCGUAUUAUUCACGGCAGCGGUUAUUCAGACGAUGAUAAACGUGGCUAUAUUAAAUUAGUGUUUCAAAAUAUAUUCAUGGCCAUGCAGUCCAUGAUCAAAGCCAUGGAUAUGUUAAGUAUAUCAUAUGGUGUUGCCGAUCAUGCGGAACUUGGCGAACUUGUUAUGAGCAUUGAUUACGAAUCAGUGACAACAUUCGAGGAUCCAUAUUUGUCAGCCAUUAAAACACUAUGGGCCGAUGCUGGCAUUCAGGAAUGCUACGAUCGACGAAGAGAAUAUCAAUUAACAGAUUCAGCUAAAUAUUAUCUAAUGGAUCUUGAUCGUGUGGCUCAACCUGAUUAUUUACCAACUGUACAGGAUAUUCUACGCGUUCGUGUUCCAACAACGGGGAUUAUUGAAUAUCCAUUUGAUUUAGAAGAAAUACGAUUUAGUUAUCUAAGUGAUAUACCACGUAUUGAACAGCCCGACUAUUUGCCAACUGAACAAGAUAUUUUACGUGCUCGUGUACCGACUACGGGUAUCUUGGAGUAUCCAUUCGAUUUGGAUGGCAUUGUAUUUAGAAUGGUAGACGUAGGCGGUCAGCGUUCGGAGAGAAGAAAAUGGAUUCAUUGUUUUGAAAAUGUAACAUCAAUCAUAUUUUUAGUGGCCCUUUCGGAAUAUGAUCAAAUUUUAUUCGAAUCUGAUAAUGAGAAUCGUAUGGAAGAAUCAAAAGCUUUAUUUAGAACUAUUAUUACGUAUCCUUGGUUCCAGAAUUCAUCAGUAAUUCUUUUCUUAAAUAAGAAAGACUUGUUAGAAGAAAAAAUUAUGUAUUCGCAUUUGGUAGAUUAUUUUCCUGAAUAUGAUGGUCCACAAAGAGAUGCCAUAGCCGCCCGUGAAUUUAUAUUACGUAUGUUUGUGGACUUAAAUCCAGAUUCGGAGAAGAUUAUUUAUUCUCAUUUUACAUGUGCUACAGAUACGGAAAAUAUUCGAUUUGUGUUUGCAGCUGUUAAGGAUACAAUUCUUCAAUCAAAUCUAAAGGAAUAUAAUUUAGUCUAAAAAACGGGUCAUUUAGACAGCAACAAAAACCAACAACAACAACAACACAACUACAACAACAUGAAAAGAACUAAUUUUGUGAUUUUAUUAAUUAUGAAUGAUGAAUUCCUUCUUUUUCCAACUACAACAACACAAAAAACCUUAACCCAAAAAAGAAUAUAACCCCAAAUCCAAUAACGACAGAACAACAAACACAAGAAACAAGAACGUAGUUUAAUUGAUUUUUCAAAAAAAAAAAAAGGAGAACAACAACAAAAUAUUUAAUACAAAACAUUUCUUUAAAUGGAAGAGAGAAGAAACAAGAAAAAAAAGCACAAAAAAUGAAGAAUAUUUGAGUACAUAAUAAAACAAAUAAAAACAGAAUGUACUAAUUUAAUAAUAAAAGAAAAAUAAAAUAAAUAAGAAGAGAAAACAAAACAAAAAACAAAAUGUUAUAACGCUAAUUAUAACAAAUUAUAUACUUUAUAUAAAAAAAAAAAAACAAAAAAUAAUUUAAUAAAUAAAUUAUAAUAAAAAAAGAAUAAUGUAAUGUGAAAAAAGAAGAAGAAGAACAACAACAACAAAAUUAACUAAACUGAUUGGGUAAAACAAAAUUAAAAACUAAUGCUAAAUUUCUAUUUGAACACAGAAAACCGCCAGUCAUAAGCGAUUUUUUUAGUUUUGACAACAAUAACAUGAAAAAGCCCAAGAAAAUGAAAUAUUAGAAGAAGCUAGAGAAAGAGAAAGAUAAUUUUUUUUUGUUUUUUAUUGUGGUACUAAAACUAUAUGACUAAAUUAUAAUUUAUUUGUAAUUGAAAAUUAUCUCUUUGUAAUAGAACCAAAAAAAAAAAAACUAAUAGAUUAUUUUCCCACUUCCCUCCCUCUCCACUUCAAUUUAACAAUAUACCAUAUUUAUAUGCACACAGUAUCGUAUCAAAUUUAUAUAUUUUGUUUGAAGAAUUGUAACCUCCAUCCAACGCCCAUAACCACCACAAAAAAAGAAAAGUCAAGAAAUUUAUCUAAAUUCAAUAUUGAAUAUUGUAAGACAACAACAACCAACUACUACAACAAGUACACACACGCACACAACCGUUACUGAAACAAAAACUACAUACGGGAAAAUUGUAACAACAACUACAACCACAAAUAAGUAUCAGCAUCAACAAAACAACCACUCCUAAAUAAUAAGAAUUAUACAUAUAUUUAAUACAAAUAUAUUUAACAAUAAAAUAAAGCAAAUUAAAAAAAAGUAAAAUUCUCCAACUUCUUCUAUAUCUAUCUCUCUCCUUAUAUACCGUUUAAUGCAUAAGUUUUAAAAGAAACACAAACACACACACACAAAUUCAAAAUGUAUGAAUCAAAACAAACACACAAAAGAAAGAAAGAAAGAAAGAAA